AUGGCCUCCGUGAUCAACAACAUCCCUACCGGCAAACCAGCUCCUCUGGCGGUCGGUCCAACUAAUACAACUCCCCUUCGCGCAACCAACAAGAUACCUCGUCAUGUCAUUGAAGCUGUCCAGGCAAUACCCGCUGAGGAGUUUGACGCUAAGAAGCAUGUCAACUUUGAGUUCCCCAAGAGGACCUACACCAUGCAAGAUUGGGGAUAUGAGAACCAGGGCAUAUCGCCCAUUGCCGGCUCAGACCCCUUUCCUUUGUUCACCGAGGCUGCUGCAAAACAAGUUCGACGUGAGCUUCUUAGUGAUGAUGUUCUAAAGACAUGUCAGUAUACUUCAACUUUUACUAGGAAUCAGAUUCGGGGGUAUACGCAGAAGCAGGCCCCCUUUGCCCAUGCACUUUGGAAGAGCCCUGAGGUUCAGAAUGCUGUUUCUGCAGUUGCUGGUAUUGACUUGAUUCACGCAUUUGAGUACGAGAUCGGGCAUCUGAAUCUAUUCUUCAGCGAUGGCGAAGAUGAUAAAGACGACAAAACCAACCUUGGGUUCUCUUGGCACUACGAUAGUUUUCCGUUUGUUUGUGUCACCAUGCUGUCUGACUGCUCAGAUAUGAAAGGUGGCGAGACAGUCAUCCUCAAGAGCGAUGGCGAAAUCCUGAAAGUCCGCGGUCCUACAAUGGGCCGCUACAUCAAGCAUGCCGCUCUAAAAGCUAUUGGAAAAGAAAGAAUUUCUUUCAUUACAGCUUUCCGACCGAAAUCUCCUUCUGUGAGGGAUGAGCUUGUUCUGACUGGUUCUCGACUUAUUAGCAACCAGUCUGAACUUUGGUAUGAUUAUUGUACAUACCGAGCUGAUGCUCUCCAGGUCAGGUCUCGUGAGCAUGCAAGACAACUUCGUAUGAAGCAAGCUUCUGGUAUCAAGUUUGAUCCUGAAGCUGUCAGGGAGUUUAGACAGGAGCAGAAGGACAUGCUGGAUGCGACACUGUUGGAGAUGAUUCCAAUUUAUGAUAUUGUUGAGGUAGAGUAG